UUGAGCAAACUUUGCUUCAGUUAAAUAGAAUAGAUGAUUCAAAUGAAGUGUCCAUGACUAUGGAAUACAGUUCUAAAAUCAAAGAAUUAAGCAAACUUCCGCCUAAAGUUAAGAUAUCACUGCCUGUGUUCAGUCGAAAGGCUAAAAAUACAGAACAUUUUUAUACAUUGUUUGGAUCUUUAACAGAAUUAACUACGAAAACAGAAGAAAAUGGCUACAAACUGAAGAAACCAGAAACACCAACCAAAGAACUGCUGGAAGAACCAGAACUUAUAACAACAAUAAAUAUUGGGGAUAAAAAACUCCGUAGUGUUGCCUGUCUUAGUGAAGAAGAAAUCUGUACAACUGGAUAUGAAGUCAGCGAUAUGAAAUGCUUCAACAUUCAAAGUUCACUUAUCAAGACAAUCAAAACAAAAUCAGGUGAAGGGCCAAAUGAUAUAGCAGUGACAGGUGAUGGGGAUCUAGUGUACUCUGACUGGAAAACAAAGACGUUGAAUAAAGUAAAGAAUGGACAGAUAGAGGAGAUGAUAAGACUUCAGGGCUGGGUACCUGAGAAUCUCUGUGUCACCUCCUCUGAUGAACUCCUGGUUUCCUUGUACAGUGAUGAUAAAACACAGCCUAAAGUUGUGCGUUACUCGGGCUCCAAAGAGAAACAAACAAUCCAGUUUGAUGAGGAGGGUAAUCCUCUGUAUUCAGGAAACGGCGUCAUUAAGUACGUCACUGAGAACAGAAAUCUGGAUAUCUGUGUAGCUGACAAUAAAGCUGGUGCUGUAGUGGUGGUCAAUCAAGCAGGGAAACUCCGAUUUAGAUACACUGAUCAUCCUUCUGCUACAAAGAAUGAACCAUUUAAACCCCGUGGUAUUACAACAGACAGCCAGAGACAGAUCCUGACAGCAGACUACCAUAACCAAUGUAUCCACAUCCUAGACCAGGACGGGCAGUUCCUCCGUUAUAUAGAUAACUGUGAUCUAAAAGAGCCAUUUGGUUUAUGUGGGGACAAAAAAGACAAGUUGUUUGUUGCUGAAUGGACUGGAAAGCUUAAGAAAAUUAAAUAUCUUGGAUAG